GUGUAUCGACGAAAAGGCAUAUUUUCGUAAUUUAAUUUGCGGGGCACCAAUUCACAUCAAACUUCCCCAGAUGAACCUUAAAUCAGACACCUUUGCAAUGACCCAUUCGGCCUUAAAACCACCUUCCUGCUUUAAAGUCUUCCAGCGUUCCAAAAGGUCCCAGAUGAUCCUUACAGUGAUUUUGUUAAUAUUAGUCAUAUUUCAGCUACUGUAUGGAAUUCUUAGCGUCCCACGAUCUUACGAAGCUGAACCGGUAGUAGAAAACUAUAAAGUGGAGAUUAAUUUCCCGUGGAAAUAUAUUCCGGAUUUCUUUUCCGGUGCCAACAAAACCGAUGAGAAACUUUCAGAAGGUGAAAAGGUUACACAGCCACCCAAAAAGUACAAAAUCACAGCGUGCGCUAUGAUGCACAACGAAGUUGCAUAUCUGCUGGAAUGGAUCGAAUUCCACCGUUUGCAAGGUGUCGACCAUUUUGUACUGUAUAAUUAUUACGGAAGCGACAAAUCGGGAUACACGUCAAAGUUGUACGAAAAUCUCGGAUUAAAAGAUUUCGUAGAAAUACUGCCGGCCAGUCUGGAUGAUCAAGAUGUCAAUCGCACAGAAGGACUGAGUGACUAUUACGUUAGUAAAGAUUUAUCAAUGGUUGACUGUUAUACCCAUCAGAAAGAUUCUGAGUGGCUACUAAUGCUGGACGUGGGACAUUUUGUCUAUUCGACACAUUAUGAAAAUAUUAACGCGAUGCUCCUUGAUCAGCGUGGACAACAAACGUCCAAAGACGGUGAUUUCGUUGGGGGCUUUAGCCAUUCGGAGCCGUUCAGUGCGGUCCGUAUUCCAACGGUCCGGUUCGGAACGUCCGGUGCGACGACAAAAUUCAAAACCUCGUUGUCGCCGAAUUCGUACACUAAUAAUUCCGUGGACAUCUUGUACGAGCCGUACGGGACGUCAUCUAAUAUUUACCCAAUGGUAAUGGAAAUCAAUACCCGGCGUGCGCCGCACCGGGAAUUAGAUGCAAAUUAUACCGACCUUCCGGUGUGUUCUGAAGCGCAAGAGAACGCCAUAAAUUUGGCUUUGUGCAGUGAUUCAUCGACGGUGACCCUGGUGCGCUCGGACCGGCAGUGCGUCAGCGAGAACAUGACGGAAUGUUUAAAGCCGACAAAACAUUUCAUUUGGCCGGAGCUGACGGUUCUGCGCGCGGACAAUCAUGAAUGGCGCUCACGCGAACAUUUUCAGAAAUCACUGUAUGGUGACUUUUCCAAGAAUCAGACACUGGAAGUGUUAGAUUCCAGUUGGUUUUCCCUCAUCCAAGACGAUUAUAAGAAGAACACGUUUUUGGAGCCGGUGCGGAAGAAAAUUAUGGAAAUGAAACCGCGUGUGUACCGCGAAGUGGGCCGGGAAUGCCGACCGGAAACCAUUUUAAGUGGCCAGCAGAUAAUGUGCCCGGAGUCACACCCGUAUCCCUAUGGGAAUCUGGGAACCAAGUUUCUACGGGAUUGUUGCCAUGUGGAUAAGGAUGCCAGUGGUAAUCCACUGCAGAUUGGUUCUUCCAGUUGUGAUCAACAAAAAUCCGUGGAGUGCACCGAGCAGGAUGGUGUCCAGAAGUGGCUACACCGAAGCUGCUGUAUAUAUAACAGCGACUUCUCUCACCUUAAAAUGCACAUCGGGGUGCCAUCCACUGGUUGACGGAUCUCAGUUUUUGUAUUCCGUAUGCUCAAUCAAAAUUUUAUAUUAUCUAUUCUGAACUUUAAUAUUCAUUGGUUUUUAACACCGCGUUGAUGUAUCGUAACUUGAUUUACUUCCUUAUUAUUUUAUGCUGUAUUUUACAGCAUUUUUGCUUCACGUUGUUGUGAAAUUAUGAAUUGGCUUUUUAUGAUCGCGAAAAACGGCAUUCCAUCGUGCGUCAUGACAAACGUGACCUUUGCAUUCCACCAUUUUAGUGUUGUUUUUCUGCAUAUUUGCAAUAGAUGCAUACAAGUAAUGUUUGCGAAAUUGGCAAAACCUCUA